AUGGGUGAAGAAAACAAGGUUAUGUUUCACGAAAUGGAACUUGAUGAUCGAAUUUUAAAGGCAAUAUCUCAACUUGGAUGGUCAAAUCCUACAUUAAUUCAAGAGACAGCAAUACCACUCUUACUUGAGGGUAAAGAUGUACUCAUGAGAGCUAGAACAGGAUCAGGGAAGACAGCAGCCUUUACCAUACCAGUUAUACAGAAAAUAUUAAAUUUAAAAAAUUCAAGUGCGCAUCAAUGUAUCAGAGCUCUUAUAUUAUCACCGAGUAAGGAAUUAUGUGGUCAGAUAACAUCUGUGAUAAGUGAUUUAACACUUAAGUGUGCCAGAGAAGUAAGAUGCAUAGAUAUAUCAUCAAAUGGAGAUAUGCACAUUCAAAAGUCCUUAUUAUCAGACAAACCUGAUAUCAUAGUGGCUACACCAUCUCGAGCUCUCGUACAUUUGAAAGAAAAUAGUAUGAGAUUAAAGGAUGAUUUGUCAGUGUUAGUUGUUGAUGAGGCAGAUUUGGUGUUUUCAUUUGGUUACGAGGAUGAAAUUAAAGAGUUACUUGGGUAUUUGCCUAAAAUAUAUCAAGCAGUUCUUGCUUCCGCAACUCUAUCAGAUGAUGUAUUAAGUCUUAAAAAGAUAGUUUUAAGAAAUCCAGUGACAUUGAAACUAGAAGAACCAGAGCUAGCUCCAUCUUCACAAUUACAACAUUACCAUCUUUUUGCAGAAGAAGAUGAUAAGGCAGCCAUUUUAUAUGCACUUUUAAAAUUGAACCUUAUUAGAGGCAAAAGUAUCAUUUUUGUUAGGACUGUUGAUAGAUGUUACAAAUUAAAAUUAUAUUUGGAACAGUUCAAAAUAGGUUCAUGUGUACUGAACUCAGAACUGCCAGCUGCUGUACGCUGUCUCUCAGUGGAACAAUUUAAUAGGGGACGCUAUCAGAUAAUAGUGGCAUCUGAUGAAAAAGCUCUGGAGAAGCCUGAUGGUGGCUUGCUGGCGGGCGAAGAAAUUGGAAAGAAAAAAAGGCAAAAGUCAAAACGUAAAAAGGACAAAGAGUCGGGUGUGUCCCGCGGGAUAGACUUCCAGCACGUGUCCAACGUCAUCAACUUCGACUUCCCCCUGGACGUGAACUCGUACGUGCACCGCGCGGGGCGCACCGCCCGGGGGAAUAACCAGGGUUCAGUCUUGUCAUUUGUGUCGUUGAGAGAAAAGCCACUGAUGGAUGCUGUGGAGGAACACUUAUCUAAAGGGUUUAACGGACAACAAGUGUUACAAAAGUACGAGUUCGCGCUGGACGAGGUUGAGGGCUUCCGUUACCGGUCGCGCGACGCGUGGCGCGCCGUCACGCGCAUCGCCGUGCGGGAGGCGCGGCUCAAGGAGAUCAAGCAGGAGCUGCUCAACUGUAAGAAGUUGCAGGGUUAUUUUGAAGAGAAUCCCACAGACUUGGCCGCUCUCAAGCGGGACAAGGCCUUGCAUACUGUCCGUCUUCAGCCACAACUAGCUCAUGUACCAGAAUACCUGUUGCCUGCUGCAUUGAGGAGUGAGGAGGGAGAGGCAGAAGCCCAGGUGGACACUCCAGCUCCUCCUAAGAAGAGGAAACAACCCGGCAACUUUGGUAGUGCUAAGCGGCAUAAGUAUAAUGCUCGGCAAAGUGAUCCCUUAAAAAGUUUCCAGCUCAAAAACCUGAAGAAAACCGCAACCGGCGACACAGACACG